CAGCGUGGCGGAGUGGUACACCACCAACUAAAUUUUCGCCUCUGACGCUAAAUUGUUGAUGUGUUGUGAUUGGUAAUUAUUGUGUUCCACUGCCGAGCUGCACGGCCGAUUUGACCCGGAUUUCGUCGAAGGCUGGCCGUUUGGCUUCACUUCAAAUGGCCGUGCUUCCGUACGAAGCCUACUGACACCACAGGCCGUCUCGGUUAUGCAUUCAGAGCAUGGUGAGCAAUGGCUACAGCGGCGGCGGAGCGGGUGGCGGCGCCUUUGACAAGCUGGAGGACGCCAUGUCCACGCUGAACAGCCUCUUCUCGUUCACGAGCCCCGCGGUGAAGAAGCUGCUGGGCUGGAAGCAGGGGGAUGAGGAGGAGAAAUGGGCUGAGAAGGCGGUGGACUCGCUCGUCAAGAAGCUGAAGAAGCGCAAGGGGGCCAUCGAGGACCUCGAGAAGGCCCUCUCGUGCCCCGGCCAGCCGUCCAAGUGCGUCACCAUCCCCCGCUCCCUCGACGGCAGGCUUCAGGUGUCUCACCGCAAAGGCCUGCCGCACGUCAUCUACUGCCGGGUGUGGCGGUGGCCCGACCUGCAGAGCCACCACGAGCUGAAACCCCUGGAGUGCUGCGAGUACCCCUUCUCGGCCAAGCAGAAGGAGGUUUGCAUCAACCCCUACCACUACAAGAGGGUCGAGAGUCCAGUGCUCCCUCCGGUCCUGGUGCCACGCCACAGCGAGUACCCACCGGGGGGCCACGCCCUGAUCGCUCCGGUGUUCCAGCAAGUGGCGGAGCCUCCCAUGCCACACAAUGUGAGCUUCUCGCCCCAAGGGUUCAGCAGCCCGGCAUCUUCGGCGGCCGGGUCGGCUGCGGGAAGCAGUGCAGCGGGCGGUGCGGGGGCGGCCGCUGCGGGGGUGCCGUCGCCGGGACCCAGCCUGAGCAGCUCGGCACCCAACAGCCCCUUCGGACUGCCCGACCCCUCCUCACCCUCUCCCAGGGAACCCCCUCGCCACCCCUGCAGGAGCCUCCUCCCCUAUGACCUGAGCGCCCCUAAAAUAAUGCGAGCUGAGACCCCGCCUCCGGCCUACAGCACCCAGGACGACAGCCAAUCGGGGACUGACAACCAGACGCAAUCAAUGGACACCUCAACCGUGCCCCCCGACGUGUCCCCGGUGAACUACCAGGAGCCGCAGUACUGGUGCACAAUUGCCUACUACGAGCUCAACUCGAGGGUGGGCGAGAUCUUCCACGCGCAGAACCAUGCCAUCGUCAUUGACGGCUUCACGGACCCCUCCAACAACAACAAUCGCUUCUGCCUGGGCCUGCUGUCCAACGUCAACCGGAACUCCACCAUCGAGAACACGCGGCGGCACAUCGGCAAAGGCGUCCACUUGUACUACAUUGGAGGGGAGGUGUACGCCGAGUGCUUGAGCGACAGCGCCAUCUUUGUGCAAAGCCGCAACUGCAACCACUCGCACCAGUUCCACCCGACGACGGUGUGCAAGAUCCCGUCCGGGUGCAGUCUCAAGAUCUUCAACAAUCAGGAGUUUGCCGAACUGUUGACGCAGGCCGUGAACCACGGCUUCGAGGCAGUCUACGAGCUCACCAAGAUGUGCACGAUCCGGAUGAGCUUUGUCAAGGGCUGGGGGGCCGAGUACCACCGCCAGGACGUCACGUCCACGCCCUGCUGGAUCGAGGUGCACUUGUCGGGGCCCCUCCAGUGGCUGGACAAGGUCCUCACCCAGAUGGGGUCGCCACAUAACCCCAUCUCCUCAGUGUCGUGACCCCACCCUCACCCGUCUAACGGUCCCCCGUCUGUCGGCGCUUCGUUCCCCUCCGUUUAUUUUUCCUUUCCUUUUUUUUGUUUUUGUUUUUUCCGGCCCCCCCAUCACAAACUUGCAGUAAAGACGAGGACGACAUACCGGCCGCUUGUUCGGGGCGGGUGACCAGUUUUGGGAAGGCAGCGGCAUCCGUUUGUGUGGACGACGGAGUUCCCGUGUAAGGGACGGGGAAGCUGCCUCUAAUACAAGACUACGAACGCCGCUGCCUUUCCGCAAUGGCAGCUCGAAUCCUUCAAGCAAAGGGCUCAGUGGCACCGUAGAAGCUUGCGGCGACAAGGAGGCGUCGUCAAAGUCGCUGGGGGCGUUUCCCCGACGAGGUUCGUACCGUGACGACGGUGGAAGUUUCUGCUUUGCCUCCCGCGUCGUCUCUUCCCGUUGCCGACGGCGUCGCAGACUUUGGGGCUACCGAAGGGGGUCGCCGGGCGCCACCAUAAAAUGCUGGGAGUCGUCUCGACCACCCCGGACGGACAAGGUGCCAUCCUCUCGACACGGUCGUCGCGCACACAUGCGUUGCGGCCCUUCUUUAUUACGUGUCCCGGCCUUCUGAACAGAGUCUGUGCGUGUCCUCGAGACCCUUUUUGUGUCGUUGAAGGCUUCCUCGCCUUUACGUAGUACCUCACAAAGCAUGCCAGGGUGGCGCCUGCAACGCGGUGCUAUACUGCGAGACUUGGUUCUUUCCUCUUUUUUUUGUUCGUUGUUUGCGCAGAUUGGCGAGACACUGGCAGUUUUUAUCCGCUUUUGUUUAUUCUUUUUUCUUUCUUUGGAACCGCGUCGCAAUUUGUCGUUGCAGCCUAGCCCAGGUGCGGUACCAGGAAUCUUGAGGCAGAAGUGAAGCGGCACAAUUCCCAUAUUACGGCACCUCCCGCACCAAAACCUGAAUUCCCCGUCCCCAAAGACGCGGUUGCGUAGUAAAACUCCAUCAUAAUACGUAGAGUGAGAUCUGUCUAUCGGUGAACGCAUUUUUGCUUAGUUUAUUGUAGCUAUAUUAUGCCGAGACUUCUACGCAUACAAAGUAUCAUUUAACUGCAUUGUGAAAAACAUCAGUGGCUUUUUCGUGCCAUCCUUUUCCUCUUAAAUUUUGCUGGCAUCCGCUUUCAGUGGGGCUUUCUUCAGUUAGAUUGGAAGGGCAAAUGAGAACUCAUUAUUUGAUUGUGAUGCGUCGUGCUGCUACUGUUUGUUUGUAACACCUGGGCUGCGCACUCUUCGUAGGUAGGUUAGGACAGAAUGCCUCCCAGGCGCUCGUCUAAUCUAUCCGGAAAACCUUGUUUUCUUUUGAGCUUGUUUCAGUGUCCAGAGUGUCGAGCUACCCUUUUUUAAGGUGCGUUUUUAUUUCUUGUAAAAAAUUUAAUUCAUUUUUUAAAUGUUUCUUUGCACGUGUGUUCUGCCCAUUUGUUAUGUCGUGGAAGCUGAACUGCCGUUAUUUUUUUAGUUGUCAUUGUUCGAGACGCUUCCUUUUUUACCUUCCGUUUUAUUAGGCUACAUGCAGCUCCACUUUUCCAACUUUGCCCAGAUGUGUUUUUACCGCAUUUUGCGCUUACAGCCGCAUGUUUCAUUUUACCCCCAUGUUUGUUGACAGCUUGUGUUUUAGUCGGGAAGAGACUGAAUGUUAACACGAAUGGGCUUUUAGUUCUCAAAAUGAUAGCGGCACACUUAUUUCGCACAUUAUAUUUUGACGACGUCGAAACGAGACUAAGAUGUGAAGGCGAUUCUAGCGACCCCUGUAUGCCGUAAACGGAACCUCCUUCGCUUUAGCUGCCGCUUUUGUUCACUACGGUUCAGCUUUGUGAAACUAUCGUUUGGGGAGGCUUUCGAGGGAACCUGAUCCCUCGAAAUGGGUUGAAAAAGAAAGCAUGUUUGGCUGGCAGCUUGUGGGUACCAAAGUGCUCGCAUGCAAAGGCCUUACAAGGGGACAUUCAGAAAUCUACAAGCUGACACGUGUAUCACUCUGCCAAUGUUUUUGUACAUCUCUACAUGGCAAUGUGAUACCACGUGACGACGAAAAAGUCUUGUUUACGAAUUUCUUUUCUUUUUGUAGAUAAGAUUGAUGUCCCAUGCAAUAAGUUGAGUGUCUAGAGCAAUCAGUAUCAUUGGUGGUCAGUUGGUCGACACUUUUGUUGCAAUAGCACAAGCAAUUAUCUUUGUUUCUCCCUUGGACGCGUGCCGUGUUUUACUUGAGUGUACUCGGCAGAUCCGGAGCAUAGCCAUAUUAUUUUGUCACAGCGACUUUGUUUGCAAUGCCUGUUUUAGUCCCUCUAGUGCCAUGUCUGCCUCUCUGAGAGUUUUGCUGCAGGUUCAUAGUUGGCAUACUUAAAAGGAAAGCUCAUCUUGUCAAGCUGUGUCGACUGAGUUUUAGAAGCUGCAAUGUUGUUCUGCUUGGGGACAAAUUAUGUCUGGUGCCCCCAACGGCUAUCGUCUUGGUGCUCAAGUUGUGCAAUGUACGCUGGAGAGUGUUGUAGUGCGACGCACCAUGAAAUGCAAUCUGGACAAAGUAAAUCGCUGCCUUUUUAUACUAAUCAUCUGCAUUGCCUUUUAGAAGCGGUGUUUGCAGCUGCAGUAGAUUUUUGUAGGGAGCCUUUAGCAGCAGCACUCUGCUUGUGUGCCUAUGCUUUUUAUAUGCAGUUGCCGAUUGCGAGAGACGUUUUGUACAGAAAAAAAGAGAAAAAAGAAAUAGAAAGCGCCUUGCCACUUCUUGAGUUGCCAGCUGUGGAAGACUUGUUUUUGCUCAACAGUGUCAUCCAGUCGUGGUCUUCAGUGUCGUCCUCAAGUGAAUCCUGGCUUUCCUGUUUUGAACCCCAUCUAGCCAUUUACACAUGAGAUUACCUUUACCGUUGCAUAUACUGAAAGUGGAGAGGUCCGUUUGUCCAUGUUUCGUCAUAGUUUUGCCAUCUCUGUUAACGUUUCUGAGGGCACCUUCGCGACAGUGGUCACGGUGCCGCUACUGACUGUCAGAAGGAUUCUCGCUAGAUUUUUUUUUUUUUUGUUUGUUUUAUGUAGAGAUUUUUUUUUUAAAGACAAUUCACAAAUCGUGGUCUUGGGCUUGAUUGCACUUGACAGUUUUUGUACAGUUUGUAUUUGAAGAAAUGAAUGCAAAGUGACGUAUGUGCUAUAUUUUGUAUUCUGGAUUUCAUUGCAUCACAAAGAAAAUUAAAAACAUCUCUGUCAAA